CCACAAAAAACAAUGGCGACUCUUUUAUUCUCAGUUCUCCUCUCCCUCCUCCUCUUUCCUUCAAGUCAAGCUUAUUUUGUCAACGUGGACGCACACGCCGUGGAAUGUUUCUUUGACAAAGUCAGCAAUGGAAUGAAAAUGAGCCUCACCUUUGAAGUGGUAGAAGGAGGAUUUUUGGACAUUGAUGUAGAGAUUAUAGGUCCAGAUGAAAGAGUUAUUUAUUCAGGGGAGCGUGAGUCGAAUGGGAAGUACACGUUUGCUGCACACGUUGAUGGUACAUACAGAUACUGCUUUAGUAACAAGAUGUCCUCCAUGACACCCAAAGUCGUCAUGUUUAGCAUGGACGUGGGCGAUGCACCAAAGGAACACGAUCAAAACGAUGAGCAUGGCAGACUAGCUGAGAUGAUCAGUGAACUAUCGACAGGUUUGGCCGGAGUUAAACACGAGCAGGACUACAUGGAAGUCAGAGAAAGAAUACACAGAAUGAUAAAUGAUAACACAAACUCACGUGUCGUAUGGUGGGCUGUAUUUGAGUCAUUCUUGCUCAUCGCUAUGGCAUUUGGUCAGAUUUACUAUCUCAAGAGAUUCUUUGAAGUUAGGAGGGUCAUUUAAUAACUGUUAAUAAUUAGCUGUUUACUACAUUCAUCUAUAAUGCUUUUAAAUUAAAUUAAUAAAGCAGUCUCUUUUCAAAUCCUU